UGCCCUCCUCCUUCCUCCAGGCACCUGUACACCGAAGUUGAGGCAGGUCACAGCCCCGGCUGUCCAGGGAGCUGCCGGGUCACACACAGGGAUGAGAGCUGCCCUGUUGCUGCUUUGAAAGGCCCAGACAGACACUGGAAGAGGCUUGUGGAUGGUUCCGGAAGCUCACAACUUGCCCCCGUGGAGUAUCGUUUUGCUGAGUUCUCUGUCAUACUGCUCCCCUGACCAUGAACCAGCCAGAUGACCCCGACCCCAGCCCCGAGCCUCUGUGCGUGGUGUGCGGCCAAGUCCACUCCCCCGAGGAAAACCACUUCUACACGUACAAGGAAGACGUGGACGACGACCUCAUAUGCCACAUCUGCCUGCAGGCCCUACUGGACCCCCUGGACACCCCAUGUGGCCACACCUACUGCACCCUGUGCCUCACCAACUUCCUGGUGGAGAAGGACUUCUGCCCGGUCGACCGCAAGCCUCUGGUCCUGCAGCACUGCAAGAAGUCCAGCAUCCUGGUCAGCAAGCUCCUCAACAAGCUGCUGGUGACCUGCCCUUUCACGGAGCACUGCUCUGCGGUGCUGCAGCGCUGUGACCUCGAGCAGCACUUCCAAACCAGCUGUAAAGGGGCCUCGCACUAUGGCCUGACCAAAGACAAGAAGAGACGCUCACAAGAUGGCUGCCCAGACGGCUGUGCGAGCCUCACAGCAACAGCACUGUCUCCAGAGGUUACAGCCGCCGCCACCAUCUCCUUAAUGACAGACGAGCCCGGCCUCGACAACCCUGCCUACGUGUCCACGGCGGAGGACGGUCCACCAGCAAACAGCCCGUCCGACUCCAGCCGGAGCAACCGACCAAGGACACGACCCUUUGAGCGAUCCUCAAUCAGAAGCAGAUCUUUUAAAAAAAUAAACCGGGCUUUGAGUGUUCUUCGAAGGACCAAGAGUGGAAGUGCAGUUGCAAACCAAGCUGACCAGGGCAGGGAACACUCCGAAAAUACCACAGUCCCUGAAGUCUUUCCAAGAUUGUAUCACCUGAUUCCAGAUGGUGAAAUUACCAGCAUCAAGAUCAAUCGAGUGGAUCCCAGUGAGAGCCUCUCCAUUAGGCUCGUGGGAGGCAGUGAGACCCCACUGGUCCAUAUCAUUAUCCAGCACAUUUACCGGGACGGGGUGAUUGCCAGAGAUGGCCGGCUAUUGCCAGGAGACGUCAUUCUGAAGGUCAACGGGAUGGACAUCAGCAACGUCCCGCACAACUACGCGCUGCGCCUGCUGCGGCAGCCCUGCCGGGCGCUGCGGCUGACCGUGCUGCGCGAGCGGAAGCUGGGCGGCAGGAGCGGACAGGCUCUGGACACCUACGGGCCCCGCGACGACAGUUUCCACGUUAUCCUCAACAAAAGCAGCCCCGAAGAGCAGCUGGGAAUAAAGCUGGUGCGCAGGGUGGAUGAGCCCGGGGUGUUCGUUUUCAACGUGCUGGACGGCGGCGUGGCGGACCGACAGGGCCAGCUGGAGGAGAACGACCGGGUGCUGGCCAUCAACGGGCACGACCUUCGAUACGGCAGUCCAGAGAGUGCGGCUCAUCUGAUUCAGGCCAGCGAGAGGCGUGUUCACCUCGUCGUGUCCCGCCAGGUUCAACUGCAGGGCCCUGACAUCUUCCAGGAAAACGGUGACCACGGCCACUCUCCAGGGCCAGGCCAGAGGAGCAGCACUCCCAAGCUCCUCCAUCCUGCAGCUACCUGCCACGAGAAGGUGGUAAGUAUCCGAAAAGACCCCAGCGAAUCUCUCGGCAUGACCGUUGCAGGGGGAGCAUCGCACAGAGAAUGGGAUUUGCCCAUCUACGUCAUCAGUGUCGAGCCUGGAGGAGUCAUAAGCAGAGACGGGAGAAUAAAAACAGGUGACAUUCUGUUGAACGUGAAUGGGACCGAGCUAACCGAAGUCAGCCGGAGCGAGGCGGUCGCACUGCUGAAGAGCACGUCCUCCUCGGUGGUACUCAGAGCUCUGGAAGUCAGAGAACACGAGCCCCAGGAAGACCACAGCAGCCCGGAGGGCCUGGACUCCAACCACAACGCGGCCCCGCCUAGCGACUGGUCCCCGUCCUGGGUCAUGUGGCUAGAGUUACCACAGUACCUGUGUGACUGCAAGGAUGUGGUACUGCGAAGAAACACAGCUGGCAGCCUGGGCUUCUGCAUUGUGGGAGGUUACGAGGAGUACAAUGGGAACCAGCCUUUUUUUAUCAAGUCCAUUGUUGAAGGAACACCAGCAUACAAUGAUGGGAGGAUCAGAUGUGGCGAUAUUCUCCUUGCUGUCAAUGGUCGGAGUACGUCAGGAAUGAUACAUGCCUGCUUGGCAAGGAUGCUCAAGGAACUGAAAGGAAGAAUUACUCUCACUAUUGUCUCUUGGCCUGGCACUUUUUUAUAGACUCAGUAAUCACAGAAAGAACAAAAACAGGCUAAGUUGAAACGAUGUAUUUAUUGUGCCGAUUUUUAUAUUUAAAGAAUACACUGUAAAAGUAUUAGGAAAAGAAUGAUUUCAUGAAAGCUGGUUACACCACAGAAAAUGAUUCUCAAAAAUAAAAAAAAAAUAAAAUAAAACUACUGGUUUCUAUUCAGUGAGAAGAAUUUCUCAUUACUGCAUGACUCUGUGUCUUUCUAUUUAACAAGAAGUCCUUACACAGCUAAAAUGGGUUUAAUCGCCUACUGAAUUCAAAUCACUGAUUUCAAUUAAAAGUCUGAUUAUAUGCUGAGGUCUACAAAGGGUACAUUAUGGGCAUUUUUAAUAUAAAGCCAGAGGAUUUAAAAAAUUCAUUGGUAAGAAACGUUCUUUUCAUCAAAUGAAAAAUAUUUUUCAAAAAUUAUAGUUGUCUUCUAGUAUGUGAUACUAAUUAAGUUUACUUGAGUAACCAUUUAAAAGAUCUUAGUAUUCCAUUCUCCAAUACCGUGUUGUUUGUUACCAUCCCUGCCUUUGAGGAUUAUCCCUUAAAAUGCUCACAGAAUUAUAAACUUGUAUUUUCUGGGUUCUGAUAAGAAGCCUGAAGUUUCCGUCACUAAGUUUGUUUUCAUUCACAAAAGUCUAGUCGGAAACCGAGUGGGAACUCCGUGCACUGCUCCACCAUCGGGGCUUGGCAGUUGAUCACCGAAAGCCGAACCAGCUCCAGUCUGGCUCCGGAGGACGACCAGGGGUGACUCAAAUCUGCGUCUCAGGGACUGGUGAUUGCACAUGUGCCUACCAGAACCACGCUAAGGGCAAGUUUUUAACAGAUGCCACCGAAAUGCCUUACAGAUUUCAUUAAUUUGGACAUAAGUUCACCAUGAACCCAAAUUUAAACACUGAAGGCUGCUACAAAAAAUCUGUGAUAUCAAAAAUGAGUAUGAGUUCUUCCAUAUAUUAAGCAAGAGUGCCACCACUAACGACGAAGCCUCGUUUUAACCUGCAGACUUGGAGGCGUUUUCUGAUACAGUGCAAUCCCCGAUGUCCAAGGCGGCGUCUGAUUAUCAGGAAAACUGUG